CGGGUGGGAAAAAAAAAAACAAACUCAAAAAACCCCACAAAAAAACAAGUAAUGAAAACCACAGACUCAAAUUGAGUGUUGUAUUUGCCAGGCAGUAGGUAAUAAGAUUGGGUGUGGUGAGAGAAAUUAUUUGGAGAAGACUGAAAUUAAUAAGCACAGUACAUAUAUUUCAGGUGUUGAAUAGCUUUUUAAUAGACAGUAUUUUCAGGUAACUCUCUAGCCACAUAGGCAGCUGUACUGAAGCAUACUGGUACCAGCCAGCAAUAAUGGCACCUGCAGGAAUGAACCUGAAAAUACUGGUAAUCUUGUAUAUUUUUUAAGUUCUUUAAAGAGAUUUUUAAAAACAGAAAAUGAGAUUUGAUCACUGAAGGUCUUUUAUCUUCUGCAACACAGGUUGCUAUAGUCUUUUUUCUUUAUUUCACUUAUUAAAGGGGAAUUUGGGUGCCAUCUUUCUGUAAACUUUUAAGUGUGUUCUCUGUAGUAUUUCCCAAGUCUUAGUGGAUAAUGCAGUGAAUUUCUGCUGGCAGUUUGAAAUAACGUAGAAUGUGUGGCAUAGCCUCCAUCACUAAUACUUUUUUCCAAGUUUAAACUUGUAUUCAAGCAUGUAGAAUACUAGCUUGUUACUGCAGAAUUCCAUACUUCUAGCGUAGCUUAAUUUCGUAGGUGGGCUUAACUUGUGCAGAACACUUCUCCGUGUACAGAGGCUCAGUCCUCUUUCUUAAAUAGAAAGAGGAAGUGUCUUGCAGGAAGAAAUUGUGUGUCAAGUUAACUCCUGUUCAUACUUCAUAGCCAACCAUGAUUUGGGUUUAGAAGGGGGGGUGUGUGUGUUGCGUUUUUCUCAUGAGUACUUUUUCUAGUUACACAAGAAUUGCCAAAUGAAGAUCGGAAAAUUAUAAGAGAACUAUCUUAUGGUAUCAGAAGUUAAACUAAAUGAAAUCCCUUGAGCCAACUUCAAGCAAAAUGAGAAUUUGGAAAACAAAGUAGACCCAGCAGUUAACCACGGCCACCUGAUUUUUAUUGGGUAUUCUUUAGAACACUUCUCAUGGUUUUAAACUCUGUUCAAAAUAUUUUAUUUCGUGUGAUGAGUAAUCAGUUGUCUCCUUUGUUAAUGCUUAUUUCCUUCAGUAUAAAAGCUGGGGAAUAAACUACUUUAGUAUGUCAGUGAAGAUAUCCUCUUUUUGAAAAGUACGGUGUAACAACAAAGGCAAAGUAUUAGUUAUAGAUUCUUAAGUUACCUUCAUACUUAAAAAAACAGAGUAGAAAAUACUUAUACUGAACUUCUGAUGUCAUGCUCAUACAGAUUAAGGAAGGGAAUUAUUGGUGUCACUAGGAACUAUGUACUCCCCUUGCACACGUUUUACAUGGUAACAGUGAAAGAAUGUCUCCCUGCAAAUUCUGAUGUUUUUCCAAAAGGCAGCUUGCUUUUAUAUCUAUGCAUCUUUGAGGAUUUCAAGAUAAGAUUUUAUUCUUUUGACACUGUAAAGAGGAACUGUUUAAAAAUGAACUUGGAAACUCUGCACCUGUAUACAAAUUUUUUUAGCAAUAAAGCAGCACAGGCUGAGAAUGCACUAAAACUGGAUGUGUCAUUUGUUCAGAAGAUGUUAACCAGCUUACCGUACACUCCACUUCUGAGACGUGUCUACUUCCAAGAGCCUUCGACUUCUUGGAAGGCAUCUACAGAAAAAUUGUUACUUCACUCAUACUCAGAUAAAAGCUUCAAGGAUUGGUUUAGGUAGUAGUAAAAGGCUUCCGUUACUUGUAUAGUUGGCCUAAAAUUAAAAAGGCCCUCAGACAACUGUUUUGUAUAUGUGGAUUGUUUUCUGCUUUGGCAACUACAUUUCUGAAAAAUUCCUUCUGUGGGUGGCAUGUCACAACCUGCAGGGAGGCACAGCUUUUCUUGCAGCUGCUGCUGCAAGUUUUGUGAAGUGCUGUGUCUCCCUCAUGGGGACUAUACUGAAGAAGCCACGACUCCCAACACUGAUAUAAGCUUUCCAAAACCUGCUAUGGGUUGCAAACCCUUACACUAGCUUACAAGAAACCCACAGUAUGAUUGUUAAUUACUUCAGUAGCUUGUUCAACCACCUUAAUUUGUUUCAUUUUCUAGUUGUUUUUAGAUCAAGAGAAGAUGGCUGCUGGAUAGCUAACAUCAGAAGGCCUGACCUUGAGACUCACUUUCUAAGUGGCAGACAAAUUGUUGAAGGCACUGCAGCAGCACUUUCAUGGAGCAAAACAAGAAAAUGAAAAUAUGGACUCUGAAAAACCUGCAUCUGCUUCCAUCGAAUCAAAUGAACUGACCAAUUGGGAGGAAAUUAUGCCCGAUUCAGUAUGUUUUAUUACAAAGCGACGUGGUAAAGGAAAGAGAAUAACCCAGAAAAAGAGAAACACCAGUGUGGAAAAUAAUACCAGUGAAGAAAAUACAAGUCUUUGUGAUAAAGAGGAGCGUUCGGAAAUGAAAGAAAACAAAGUGCCUCGGGCUGAGCAUCAAAAGGAACAGAAGGUAUUCCAAAAUGAGGAAGAAGUAACUAAAAAGAAGGAUAUUGAGGGUCCAGGGAUAGGUCCUGGUCAGAAACAACAACCAGGGAAGACUUCUACUAAAGUUAGUGGAGAUCAAUGCAAUGCUCAUCACACAGGAGGGAAGAUCCCUUUAUAUGUAGGCCGUGUAUCUAGGUCUGGGAAAACAGGAGUCAAAGCUACUACACCAAACUUUAAGAAGUUGCAUGAGGCUCACUUCAAGAAAAUGGAAUCUAUUGCUGACUACAUUGAGAGAAAAAAAAAAUUGCUUGAAAACAGCAGCAGUUCUGUCAACGAAGCCAAGAAACAAACCAGUGGCAAAACAUUGUUAUUCAGCUCAGAUCCAGAGAGAGGCAGAUCCUCUGCUACCUGCACUCCUAGUAACCACCGGCGUUCACCACGCAGUUCUCUGAACACUGCCAAUCGGAGUAUUUUAUCUAGGAAAUCUUCAUUUAAUCCUUCUGUCCUUUCAACAUCCAAAAUGAAUGUCAGGUUCUCAGAAGCCACAGAAGAUAAUGAGCAUAAACGCUCUCUUACCAAGACUCCAUCUAGAAUGUCUCCAUACUUGGAGGCAAUCUGCACACCUGAUAACCAAAAGAGUUGCAAACUAAUAAGUCAGAAAAACAGCAAGGGAAAUGCAAGUAAUAAUGAUGUGGCUGCAUCAAAGGUUAUCACCCCCUUCAAGUUUGCAGCUCACUCUGCAGAACCCACAAGCGCUAAGAAGACAUUUGAUCUCAAAGCAAGUCUCUCGAGGCCCCUUCCGUAUCAGCCACACAAAGGACGACUAAAACCUUGGGGAGAAUAUAAAGAGAAUACAGUCCUCAGUAAGUCUGGCGGUAGCAACAUCUCUUUGCGUAAGAAAGAUUACAAACAGCCACCUCUCCAGACAAGGGAAGAAAGGCGUGAGAAACAUGAGCAAGAGAGAAAAAAGAAAAAGGCAGAGGCUCUUAGAAACCGUAGAGGGCUUUCUGUGGGUUAGGAGGGAGAAGAAAUAUUGAAGAAAUUACUAUAAAUACUGUUCCUAUAAUGUAAAUAUUUGUGCUGUCUGUGUAUGGUUCUGGUUGCUAUUAGCUAGUAGACUCCAGAGAGCAUUGAAUGAGGCCUUACAAUGCAUCUGGCAUAAUGUUUUAGUGAUCAGCUUCUCAGAGAUGAGAGCUCUAAACUUUCAUGAACUUUAGAACUACUUCCAGUUCUUUAGUAAUGUUUCAUUUAACUAACUCAUUUACCAAAAGAUGUUAAAGAAGAACAUGUAAGUGGGGAAAAAAAAAAAUACUCCAGAAGCCUCCUUGCAACUUAGGCCAGACUUGUCUACCAGCAUGCAUUUGUUACCCCCCUAGAAUGCUUGCUUUGGAUAGAGAGCUUCAAAAUGUACCACUGCUAGAUUAAAGGAGUUGGAAACUUCUGCUUGCCCCAUUCUCUAGGUCACUUCUUAAAUUCUGUAACAACAGCUACAGUAAUUAUUCACCAUUUUUAAUUGCAGACCUAUGAAAUAAUAGGGAAUUUCCAAGAGAAGAAAAAAUAUUCAAGCUCUCUGGAAAACUAACAGCUAACAGCAUAACUUAAUAGUAAAAUACAAUAUUUUUUAAAAUUCACAACUGAAAAGUGGCUUUACAAGCUACCAACUGGAUGCUUUGAACAGUUAAGGUUGUCCCUUUCUGUGGUAAAUUGCAGAUGUUAGCAAAAUUCUGCUUUUCAUAUCUAUGAUGCUUAAAAGGCUACAGUAGUGUUGAGGCACAUCUGAUACCAUAGACUUAAAAGCUGUUGUUAUUGUUACUCUUAAAUACAUAGAAAUGCUGUCUAGAUUUGUUAUAGAUGGAACUUGAAAGGCAAUUUAGUAAUUGUAAUCUCAGCUAGAACUUUGAGCAAAUAAUUAUUUAAACAAAUUUAGUGUUCUAUCAAAUAUAUGCUGAAAUGACAAAAACAAAGUUGUUUUGUUAAAAACUUAAUGAGGGGGAAAUAAAUAUUUUGUACAUAUGCUGUUUAUCACUGGUUUUAUCAUCUAGUGUACAACAACCUCCUUAAUGUAGCACUAGUUUUGUUCACACUUGUAUUUACUAAAGUAUCUUUUUUUGUGGUGAGUUUUCCUUACUGAUUAGCCUGCCUCCUGCUUCAUGAAAGCAUAUUUAGAAAGAAUAACCCUCUACCUUCUUUUGCUCUUGGUCUAUUUAAUUCUGUGCAAGAGGUAAAUGAUAAUACAAGACGCUGCUUCAGCUUGCUUCCUGUAGGCAUGUUUAACAUUUGUAAAGUACACUUAAAGAGGGUCACUGCAGUGGAGGUCAAUCUAAUCAAAGCACUAAGUUUGUGACAGCUGAAAUGAAACCAUUUACUGCUUGUUCUUUGAAGUGUUUCUCAAGUUACUGAAAAACAAGACUUCUCAGAAAAAGAGGCAUGGAACUUCUGUGCCAUGGAGCUUCUUAUACUACAGCUGUCUUCAGAAGUGUGAUCUACUCUGCCCUGAAAGGUGCUAAUCAAGCUCAGCUCUGCCUUCCCCAGGGAGCAGAGGGAGGGGCAGUGGGUUCCUCCUACCCCCACCCUGGCAGUGUUACUUCUGUUCAACAGCCUCAGCUCCAGAAAGCUGUAGGAGGGUCAGGCAGCAGUUCUGAACUAAAGGCCAAGCCUGCUGCAUCACUGCUGUUUCCAUCUUGGCAGGGACAGCAUGUUCUUUUUUUAGUUUUCAGAGGAGCCACAGCUAAAGGUUGAAAUACUUCUGCCUUUUUCACUUCUGGUGCUGCUCUUUGUAAACUUCAGGGGCUGAGUCACACUUAAGCACCAU